AUGUCCUCCCCAUAUCUACCAUCUCCCACCAUGUCCUCCCCAGAUCUACCAUCCCCCACCAUGUCCUCCCCAUAUCUACCAUCUCCCACCAUGUCCUCCCCAUAUCUACCAUCCCCCACCAUGUCCUCCCCAUAUCUACCAUUUCCCACCAUGUCCUCCCCAUAUCUACCAUCCCCCACCAUGUCCUCCCCAUAUCUACCAUUUCCCACCAUGUCCUCCCCAUAUCUACCAUCUCCCACCAUGUCCUCCCCAUAUCUACCAUCCCCCUCCAUGUCAUCCCCAUAUCUACCAUCUCCCUCUAUGUCAUCCCCAUAUCUACCAUCUCCCUCUAUGUCAUCCCCAUAUCUACCAUCUCCCAUCAUGUCCUCCACAUAUCUAUCAUCUCCCUACAUGUCAUCCCCAUAUCUAUCAUCUCCCUACAUGUCAUCCCCAUAUCUACCAUCUCCCUCUAUGUCAUCCCCAUUUCUACCAUCUCCCUCCGUGCCCUCUCAUAUCUACCAUCCUCCUCUAUGUCAUCCCCAUAUGUACCAUCUCCCUUGGGAUUAA